AUGAAUAUGCAAUAUUUGUUUAUCGAUCCCUUUCCAUGCAGCCUGGAGAAGGUGAUGGAUCUCUCGCCGGAGGCUCUUUGCCGCGCUGCCUGGGCGCGUCUUCCGGUUGAAGGGCAGUAUCGCCCGGCGAGCGAUUUGUUAUUCACGCCGCCGAUGCGUAUUAGUGCGUCUGCGGCGCCUAACGAGAGCGCGUUUCGUAGCAGCAUCGAGGAAUCCGCCCACGCCGUCGCGCGGCAGCUCGAGAAGGAGGACUGCUUCGCGGAUGAGCCUGAUGCGAUUUGCUUUCGUCUGCGAUCCGCACUUUUCGCGCACCUUUUGGAGAAGGCGCGGGAGGAAAAAAUGGGGCUCGCCGGGUGGAAUGCGCGGGAUCAGACCGUCCUCGACACCUGCGAGGCCUCAUCGUAUAUCCAACCGGGCGCGAGAAACGCCUCGGAUCCGAUCGCGCCCUAUCGCGAACCCCAAAGGGCGGCGGAAAUCCGCCAUCCACGGCCGUCUUCCGGUCGGGCGGCCGCGACGGGAUCGCCGACGAUGAGGCGCUCCCUCAGCAGCCCCGGCGCGAGCGCGGGGGUGAAAAAAAGCGACGAGGCGAACCUCAGCGGCUCCGACCUCGCCAGCCCCGAGGCGGAUUACGAAAACGACGAGGCCGAGGACGGGCUGGCGGAGGUGGUGAAACCCAGCGCGGUGGUCCUGCUGUUGUACUCAGAGGUGGUGGAGAUGAACGUCGUGGUCGCCUUGAUGGCGGAGAUGAUCACGCCGCUGACAGUGAUGCCCCACGAGGGCCCUGGCGAGUUCCACCAUCGCAAAAAACUCGAGGAGAAGAUCGUGCUAACGGCCGCCGCGCUGGCGUUGGCGGUGCCUCAGAUCCCACUCGCGGGGGCCUUUUUCACCCAUCUUCUCGAUCAGCUCCUGCGGGCGGAGCAGGCGAUUCAACGCGCGGGUUCCUCCCCCUCUUCGGCGGUUUGCCAUCACCGUCUGGUAGUGAAUGUGCUGCUCCCGGUGCUGCAUUUCAUCCCGCUGGUGGAGUGGCCGCUGGGGGACCUCCGCGCGCUCGGGGAACUCCUCGUGACCGCGACGAUGCCUUCGGUGCGGCUGAACCCCCUUUCGAGCCCCCUCUCCACGGGCGAGGAGGGCCCCACGGGGGUCGAAUUUACCGUCGAAAUGGAGUUUUCAUUAAACGGCGAGGAGGCUUCCGAUGUGAUGCCAGUGGAGAACGCCACGGCGGCAUCUUCUCUGCGGGAUCCCGCGCCGCAGGGGGCGAACGCCUCGCUGUCGGGUGAGGAAGGGGGGGGGCCCCCGUCUUGA